AUGUCAUCGGAAAAGAAGUCUGGUGAGAAUGUCACCUCAGCGAACGACUUGAAUGACGCACAUAAUGUUGCUCAGUUAAGCAAACCAGCUAAACUUGCCAAACAAAAUGGGGUAGACGAAGAAGACGUAGAAGAAUACAGUGAAAAGUUCAAAUCAAAUAAUGAAGAAAUUAAGGAGGCGACGGCUGUGCGUAUUCAGCAAAUGGAUAACAGCAGCAUGCAUGAAACAGUUUUGAUGCCACCUCAUCGUAUCGCUCUGAAUAUAACUGUGCAAACAAAACCCAAACUACUUGUUCGUAGCCGUGCAUUUUCGGGUGAUGAUGAUUCUGGCGUUUCUGCCAGGCAUACUCCAACGUCACACUUUUUUGCUUCACGUUCUACUUUUUCUUCUACUUCAUUUGACUCUGGCCACGGUAACGAUUACACAGAUUCAACUGGGAUUAAUUUGCUUUCAUUUAUUAUAUGUACGCUUCACAAGAAUUCGAAAGAUCGCCAUAUGUUGUUACAACUUGAACAGCACAUGACAAAGCUUAUUAAAGAUUCAACACGCAAUUCUCAAAAAUUCCCAGCUAUGAGUUCAUAUAAUCGUAUGCUGGUGCAUCGAGUAGCUGCUUUUUUCGGUUUAGAUCAUAAUGUUGAUCAGAAUGGUACUGCUGUUGUUGUGAAUAAGACAUCGUAUACUAGACUGCCCGAUGUCGAUUUUUUGUCGCUGAUACAAGGUGAGGUGUACACUGAUGAGCCUCGUCGACUUCUUAGAAGGGAUGCUCAAAGCUAUGAAGAAGUUGAACAAUGUUUGGGCGCAGGCUUAGUCUGUGGACGUCGAGCACGUUCCUUCGAAGUGGGCGAUUGGUUAUCAGCUGAUCCAACAACUGUAACUGUUGGCUGUGCUCUUCCAGCUACCACAACUCUUCAUAUGCAUCAGCAAGGAUCAACUUCAUCUAUUGAUGCUAGUAGCACUCAUCUUCUUGAAUCACCUGGAAGCUGUUAUUCCUACGGCGAUAUGCCGAUCAUGAGCGUCUAUUCAGCGCCACAAAGCAGCCCAUCAUUUAACAGCACCAUGCAUAUGUUCUCAUGGAGCAGCUCGGAAAGCUGUACAGGCUUGUCGGCUGAUUAUCCCUCGAGUUUAAUCUCCCCUAUCAUGCAUAAUCAUCCCCGGCCUACAGUAUUAACGAGAGAAGCAAACGUCGAUACAAAUACGCCGCUGCAUAAAACUCUCAGCACUCAUUCAUCUUUUUCCGAACAGCAAACGCCUAUAAGCAGGCCUACUUCAGAUUGGCAUCGGCAAGAAGUAUUUAAUUCGAGAGAAACUUCAAUGCCGGAAAAUUUGCUUCCUGAGAAUGUACAUUUUACCGAUGAAUAUGGUAUGAACAUUGCUGCUUCACAACAGCAAACACAGCCGAUGUUUGCAACUCCUCCUGCAUAUGAUGAUUUCAUUUCAAACCAGUACAUCGUUAAUCCAGUGCCAGAGCAAACAAUGUAUGCUGUUCUUCCACCAUAUUUCCGUUAUGCUGCACCACCAACUUUAUCAAUCCAAAAAUUUACACAACAGAUGGAAUCCUUGUGCGCAACAGGCUAUCCGGAAAUAGUUACAGCUUCUCCACAGUCUUAUCUAGCCUCACCUCCACCAGCACAGACCAUAUAUCCACAACAGUUUUUGGUUUCAUCUCAGGUCAACACUGUGUAUUCACCGCAGCCUUAUUUCGUACCGGUUUUGCAAACAAAUUAUGUUCCAAAUGUAGCAAGUGUACAAGGUACUUAUCCGGUUUCAAUUACGCAAUGCCCUAUUUCAAGCUAUCAGUGUAGCAGUAUACAACAGGGGAAUCUUAUGGAUGCAGUUAGAAUUGCGAAAAGUGAAUCCAUGUUUGAAAGUUCUACCGCAGUAACGGAGAGCGAAAAUGUUUCAAACUGA